CUUUGCCUGUGGGGAAAAUAAAGAGCAACUUUAAAUUUGGAUAUUAGUUUUUUGUGUUUUUCGCCACAGCCAUGAGCUCGGGGAAGGGCCGAGGAGGCGGCUAAAGACGCGGCCGAUAUAGCGACGUUCUUCAAAUCUGAUUGUGCGCUUUCAAAAUGUGAGCCCAAAGGUGAAGUCUCCAAUCAGAAAACAGGAUUUCGCAGGAACGAAGAGAUGAAGGCGAUGGAAGUGCUGCCCAUCCUAAAAGAAAAAGUGGCCUUCUUGUCAGGUGGCAGAGACAAGCGCGGAGGUCCGGUUUUAACAUUCCCAUCACGAACUAACCACGACCGAAUACGACACGAAGAUCUCCGCAGACUCAUCGCCUACCUCGCCGGCAUCCCUAGCGAGGACGUGUGCAAACAUGGCUUCACGGUCAUCGUGGACAUGCGUGGCUCCAAGUGGGAUUCCAUCAAGCCUCUCCUGAAGAUCCUGCAGGAAUCGUUUCCCUGCUGCAUCCACAUCGCCCUCAUCAUCAAACCAGACAACUUCUGGCAAAAACAGAGGACCAACUUCGGCAGCUCCAAGUUUGAGUUUGAGACCACAAUGGUUUCCCUGGAGGGCUUAUCGAAGGUGGUGGACCCGUCCCAGUUGACGCCCGACUUCGAGGGCAGCCUGGACUACAACCAUGAAGAGUGGAUCGAGAUCCGCGUGGCCUUCGAAGACUUCACAGGCAACGCUCGGCACCUGCUCGCCCGCCUGGAGGAGAUGCAAGAAACGGUCACACGCAAAGACUUCCCGCAGGACCUGGAGGGAGCCCGGCGCAUGAUCGAGGAGCACGCGGCCCUGAAGAAGAGGGUGAUGAAGGCUCCCAUGGAGGAGGUGGACAGCGAGGGCCAGAGGCUCCUGCAGAGGAUUCAGAGCAGCGAGAGCUACGCUAACCGAACUGUGCCUGUGCCACCCGGGCAGAGGGAAGGGCAAGGGCAGCCCAACGCUGACACCCAGGGCCUUCUGCCCCGCAUCUCAGCCCUGCUGGAGAAACUUCACAGCACCCGGCAGAACCUGCACCAGGCCUGGCACGUGCGCAAGCUGCAGUUGGACCAGUGCUUCCAGCUCAGGCUGUUUGAGCAGGAUGCUGAAAAGAUGUUUGACUGGAUCAUGCACAACAAAGGGCUGUUUCUGGCUGGAUACACUGAGAUAGGCAACAACCAUCCCCACGCCAUGGAGCUGCAAACCCAGCACAACCACUUCGCCAUGAACUGCAUGAAUGUUUACGUAAACAUAAACCGCAUCAUGUCGGUGGGGAACCGUCUGCUGGAGGCGGGCCACUAUGCGUCCCAGCAGAUCAAGCAGAUCUCAGGUCAGCUGGAGCAGGAGUGGAAGGCCUUCGCUGCUGCGCUGGACGAGAGGAGCGCUCUUCUGGAAAUGUCUGCUACUUUCCACCAGAAAUGUGACCAGUACAUGAGUAACGUGGACUCAUGGUGUAAGGCGUGUGGGGAAGUGGACCUACCCUCUGAGCUACAGGACCUGGAGGACGCCAUCCACCAUCACCAAGGCCUGUAUGAACACAUCACCGCUGCCUACUCUGAGGUGAGUCAAGAUGGAAAAGCCUUAUUGGACAAACUUCAGCGCCCUUUGACCCCCGGCAGCGCUGAUUCGUUGACGGCGUCUGCCAAUUACUCCAAGGCGGUUCACCAUGUUUUGGACAUCAUCCAUGAGGUUCUGCAUCACCAGAGACAGCUGGAGAACAUCUGGCAACACCGUAAGGUCCGGCUGCACCAACGUCUGCAGCUGUGUGUAUUCCAGCAGGAUGUUCAGCAGGUUCUUGACUGGAUUGAGAACCACGGUGAGGCAUUCCUCAGCAAACACACGGGGGUGGGGAAGUCUCUGCAUCGCGCACGAGCCCUGCAGAAACGCCAUGAAGACUUCGAGGAAGUUGCUCAGAAUACAUACACUAAUGCUGAUAAGCUGCUUGAAGCGGCGGAACAGUUGGCCCAGACGGGCGAGUGUGACCCGGAGGAGAUCUAUCAGGCCGCUCAUCAGCUGGAGGACCGGAUCCAGGACUUUGUAAGGCGUGUGGAGCAGCGAAAGGUCUUGCUGGACAUGUCAGUAGCUUUCCACACCCAUGUGAAAGAGCUGUGGACAUGGCUGGAGGAGCUGCAAAAGGAGUUGUUGGACGACGUAUACGCCGAGUCGGUGGAGGCUGUUCAGGACCUGAUCAAGCGUUUCGGGCAGCAACAGCAGACCACACUGCAGUUCACUGUAAAUGUCAUCAAAGAGGGAGAGGAUCUUAUUCAGCAACUCAGAGACUCGGCCAUCUCCAGCAACAAGACUCCUCACAACAGCUCCAUCAACCACAUCGAGAGCGUCCUGCAGCAGCUGGAUGAGGCUCAGGCUCAGAUGGAAGAGCUCUUCCAGGAGAGGAAGAUCAAACUGGAGCUUUUCCUCCAGCUCAGGAUCUUUGAGAGGGAUGCCAUUGACAUUAUCUCCGAUCUAGACUCAUGGAAUGAGGAGCUGUCGCAGCAGAUGAAUGACUUCGACACAGAAGACCUGACGCUUGCCGAACAGAGACUACAGCACCACGCAGAUAAAGCCCUGACCAUGAACAACCUGGCCUUCCAUGUGAUCCACCAGGGCCAGGAGCUGCUGCAGUACGUCAACGAGGUGCAGGCGUCCGGUGUGGAGUUGCUGUGUGACCGUGAUGUGGACAUGGCCACCCGCGUUCAGGAUCUACUGGAGUUUCUACAUGAGAAACAGCAAGAGCUGGACGUGGCGGCGGAGCAGCACCGCAGACACCUGGAGCAAUGUGUGCAACUGCGCCACCUACAGGCAGAGGUCAAACAGGUUCUGGGUUGGAUCCGUAAUGGUGAAUCAAUGCUGAAUGCAGGUCUGAUUACGGCCAGUUCUCUUCAAGAAGCCGAGCAGCUGCAGAGAGAGCAUGAGCAGUUCCAGCAUGCUAUCGAGAAAACCCAUCAGAGCGCGCUACAGGUCCAGCAAAAAGCCGAGGCCCUUCUCCAGGCCAAUCACUAUGACAUGGACAUGAUCCGCGACUGCGCAGAGAACGUGGCGUCCCACUGGCAGCAGCUCAUGCUGAAGAUGGAAGACCGGCUCAAGCUGGUCAACGCCUCCGUGGCCUUUUACAAGACCUCCGAACAGGUAUGUAGUGUUUUGGAGAGUCUGGAGCAGGAGUACAAGCGUGAGGAGGACUGGUGCGGGGGAGCCGACAAACUCGGGCCCAACUGUGAAACCGACCACGUCAGCCCCAUGAUCAGCAAGCACCUGGAGCAGAAAGAGGCCUUCCUCAAGGCGUGCACCUUGGCCAGGCGGAAUGCCGAUGUGUUCCUGAAGUACAUGCACAGAAACAGUGUCAGCAUGCCUGGGAUGCUGAGUCACGUCAAAGCUCCAGAGCAGCAGGUCAAAAAUAUCCUGAACGAGUUGCUGCAAAGGGAGAAUCGGGUUCUUCACUUCUGGACCAUGAGGAAGAGGAGGCUGGACCAGUGUCAGCAGUAUGUGGUGUUUGAACGCAGUGCCAAACAGGCUCUGGAGUGGAUCCACGACACCGGUGAGUUCUAUCUGUCCACACACACCUCCACGGGCUCCAGCAUCCACCACACACAGGAGCUUCUGAAGGAGCACGAGGACUUCCACAUCACAGCCAAGCAAACCAAAGAGCGGGUGAAACUGCUGAUACAGUUAGCAGAUGGGUUCUGCGAUAAGGGCCACUCCCACGCCGCUGAGAUUAAGAAAUGGGUCACGGCCGUGGACAAACGCUAUCGAGACUUCUCCCUUCGCAUGGACAAGUAUCGCACUUCUCUCGAAAAAGCCCUCGGCAUCUCUUCAGACUCGAACAAAGCAAGUAAAGACCUGCAGUUGGACAUCAUCCCAGCUAGUGCUCCAGGGUCAGAGGUCAAACUCAGAGAUGCUGCCCACGAGCUUAAUGAAGAGAAGCGCAAGUCCGCCCGCAGGAAGGACUUCAUCAUGGCUGAGCUGAUCCAGACAGAAAAAACAUAUGUGCGAGACUUGCGAGAGUGUAUGGACACAUAUCUUUGGGAGAUGACCAGUGGCGUGGAGGAGAUCCCACCAGGGAUUGUCAACAAAGAGCAUAUCAUUUUUGGUAACAUGCAGGACCUCUACGAGUUCCAUCACAAUAUAUUCCUCAAAGAGCUGGAGAAGUACGAGCAGCUUCCUGAAGAUGUGGGCCACUGUUUUGUGACCUGGGCUGAUAAGUUCCAGAUGUACGUGAACUACUGCAAGAACAAACCAGACUCCACUCAGCUUAUUCUUGAGCAUGCUGGAGGAUAUUUUGACGAAAUUCAACAGAGGCAUCGUCUGGCCAACUCCAUCUCAUCAUACCUCAUCAAACCCGUUCAGAGAAUAACCAAGUACCAGCUGCUCCUAAAGGAGCUCCUGACGUGUUGCGAGGAAGGCAAAGGUGAAAUCAAGGAUGGUCUGGAGGUCAUGCUAAGUGUUCCCAAGAGAGCCAACGAUGCCAUGCACUUGAGCAUGCUGGAAGGGUUUGACGAGAACAUCGAGUCCCAGGGAGAACUGAUCCUGCAGGAGGCUUUCCAGGUGUGGGAUCCCAAGACCCUGAUCCGUAAGGGACGGGAGCGUCACCUGUUCCUCUUCGAGAUGUCACUGAUCUUCAGCAAGGAGGUUAAAGACUCCAAUGGCAGGAGCAAGUACAUCUACAAGAGCAAGCUUUUUACCUCUGAGCUGGGCGUUACCGAGCAUGUAGAAGGAGAUCCAUGUAAAUUUGCCCUCUGGAUUGGACGCACCCCAACUUCAGACAACAAGAUUGUUCUCAAGGCGUCCGGUAUUGAGAACAAGCAGGACUGGAUAAAGCACAUCCGUGAAGUGAUUCAGGAGCGCACUGUGCACCUGAAGGGGGCGUUGAAGGAGCCCAUCCACAUCCCCAAAGCCUCCACAUCCAAACACAAGGGGCGCAGAUACACCCCCAGGGAUGGAGAGGAUCUGGACAGUCAGGGUGACGGCAGCAGUCAGCCUGACACCAUCUCUCUGGCCUCCAGGACCUCACAGAAUACGCUGGACAGUGACAAGUUAUCAGGUGGCUGUGAGCUGACAGUGGUCAUCCAUGACUUCAUGGCCGGUAACAGUAAUGAACUGACGGUGCGGAGAGGACAGACAGUGGAGGUACUAGAGAGGCUCCACGAUAAGCCGGACUGGUGUUUGGUGAGGACCACGGACCGUUCCCCUGCCCAGGAGGGCCUGGUGCCCUGUGCCACACUCUGUAUCGCCCACUCCCGCAGCAGCAUGGAGAUGGAGGGCAUCUUUAACCACAAAGACGCGCUCUCUGUGUGCAGUAACGAUGCCAUCUUGCCAGGCUCUUCUGCCACCUUGCAACCAGGUCAUGUGAUGGGCUCCCAGAGUUCCCCUGGGCCCAAACGCCCUGGCAACACAUUAAGGAAAUGGCUGACCAGCCCUGUGAGAAGACUCAGCAGCGGUAAAGCCGACGGCCACGUGAAGAAGCUAGCACACAAACACAAGAAGAGCCGUGACGUCAGAAAGAACGCUGACCCAGGCUCGCAGAAAGACUCGGACGACAGCGCUGCCACGCCACAGGAUGAGACUCUGGAGGAGAGGGUGCGUAACGAGGGUCUGAGCAGCGGCACCCUCUCUAAAUCAUCAUCAUCAGGUAUGCAGAGCUGUGGAGAGGAAGAGGGAGAGGAAGGAGCUGAUGCUGUGCCUCUUCCUCCACCCAUGGCCAUCCAACAGCACAGCCUCCUCCAGCCCGACGCACAGGAUGACAAGACUUCUUCCCGUCUCUCCGUCCGACCCUCCAGUUCUGAGACUCCCAGCGCUGCAGAGCUAGUCAGUGCCAUUGAGGAGCUGGUCAAAAGCAAGAUGGCUCUGGAGGACCGGCCCAGCUCUUUGUCUGUGGAACAAGGGGACAGCAGCAGCCCCUCUUUCAAUCCAUCAGAUAACUCCCUGCUCUCCUCCUCCUCUCCGAUCGAUGAAAUAGAGGAACGCAAGACCGGCUUCCUCAAGAGACGCCAUUACAUCCUGCUGGAACUGAUCGAGACGGAGAGGGACUAUGUGAGAGAUCUCAGUUUGGUCGUGGAGGGCUAUAUGACCAGGAUGAGGGAAGAUGGAGUACCAGAUGAUAUGAAAGGAAAAGACAAGAUCGUUUUUGGAAACAUUCAGCAGAUAUAUGACUGGCACAAAGAUUUCUUCCUGGGAGAGCUUGAGAAGUGCCUUGAGGACCCUGACCGGCUGGGCCCUCUGUUCCUCAAACAUGAGCGACGGCUGCACAUGUACAUUGUUUACUGCCAGAACAAACCUAAAUCUGAGCACAUUGUCUCAGAGUAUAUCGACACCUAUUUCGAGGAUCUGAAACAGUGUCUGGGUCACAGGCUUCAGAUCACUGAUCUGCUCAUUAAACCUGUUCAGAGAAUUAUGAAGUACCAGCUGCUGCUUAAGGAUUUCCUCAAAUUUUCCAAAAAAAUUGGAAUUGAUUCAGUGGAAUUGGAGAAAGCGGUUGAGGUCAUGUGCAUUGUACCAAAAAGAUGCAACGACAUGAUGAAUGUUGGUCGACUCCAGGGAUUUGAUGGAAAGAUCAUUGCUCAGGGGCGUCUCCUCCUGCAGGACACCUUCAUGGUGGCCGAACCGGACGGCGGCCUGCUGAACAGGAUGAAGGAGAGAAGAGUCUUCCUCUUUGAACAGAUUGUAAUCUUCAGUGAACCUUUAGAUAAAAAGAGGGGCUUCUCAAUGCCUGGCUACCUGUAUAAAUACAGCAUCAAGGUGAGCUGUCUGGGGCUGGAGGAUAAUGUGGACGGUGACCCCUGUAAAUUCGCACUGACCUCCAGAACGUCUAAUAGCAGCAAAGAGGCGUUUAUCCUGCACUCGAGCCAUCCUGGAGUACGACAAGUCUGGAUGCUGCAGAUCAGCCAAAUCCUGGAGAGCCAGCGUCAUUUCCUCAAUGGUACAGCAACCAGCAACACUUACGAGUAUAAAAGUAGGUCUUUAGCGCUUACAUCUCCUAUAGACUACCAGAGGAACCAUGUGGAGGGCCCUGGUGUCUCAGGCAGCAGUGUACAGGCUGGAGGGAACGGGGGUCAGGGGAUGGCCCCCGGAGGAGGCGGAGGGGCCCCGGCUGGGUCGGGUUCCCGCUCUCGUCCCUCCCGUAUUCCCCAGCCCUCGCGCUUGCCUCAGCCGCUCCGUCAUCACUCUCCCGCCCUGGGGCCCGGAGCCCACGAGCCCGACGGCCUCGACAAAAUAUCAGGUAUGUCCCCUAGGCCUCAUUCCAGGGGUCCCUCACCCUCUUGCACCACAGAGCCAGAGCCAAAGGUGAAGGUUCCUGCGAGCCCUCACCCCAAACAGACGGACCCUACGGAAAGCGCUUCCAAAGAAAGCAGGGAUGGAGCCUCUCCGGCCCAGAUCCCUCGAGCAACGGUGGCUCCGCUAGCUCUGGUCAAACCCAGACCCGGAACGGUCUCGCCCAUGGCCUCCCCGUUAGCCACCCCGGCUUUCAAAGACUCCAUCCCACCCUGCAGUCCCGGGCCGAAGACGGGCAGCAGCUCCGGCUCGUUCUGGAGCUCUGUUCCCGCCUCUCCUGCCAGCAGGCCCGGCUCCUUCACCUUCCCCGGGGAAGCGUGCGACACCUUGGGACGGCAAACUCAGAACCAAAGUCACCGGCAUUCCACCCACAGUAAAGACGCAGACCGUAUGAGUACCUGCUCUUCUGCCAGUGAGCAAUCUGUCCAGUCCACUCAAAGCAACGGGAGUGAAAGCAGCAGCAGCAGUAAUAUCUCCACCAUGUUGGUGACUCAGGACUAUGUGGCUCUGAAAGAGGAUGAGAUUAAUGUAGGUCAAGGGGAGGUGGUGCAGAUCCUGGCCUCCAAUCAGCAGAACAUGUUUUUGGUGUUCCGCGCCGCUACAGACCAAUGCCCCGCCGCCGAGGGCUGGAUCCCCGGGUACGUGCUGGGACACACCUCCGCCAUCAUCUCUGACGCAUCAGAGGGGACCAUUAAGAAAUCAUGGCAUACAUCCCUCCGCAUUCGUAAGAAGUCAGAGAAAAGAGAGAAGGAAAAUAAAAAGGAGGUCAAGCUGGAAAAUGGAUACAGGAAAUCCAGAGAGGGACUAACCAACAAGGUCUCUGUAAAGGACACUAAUAAAAACAAACACAAAUCUUUGUCUGUCUUGUCAUUUUCUGGAAAUCCUUCAGAAAGAUGGAUACUCAAAACUUUGUUCUCUAUUUUGCAGCUUCUAAAUCCCAAUUAUAUCUAUGAUGUUCCCCCGGAGAUCCUCGUCCCGCUGAGUGACGUGACCUGUGAUAAAGGGGAGUGUGUCACUCUGAGGUGUAAAGUGUGUGGCCGCCCCAAAGCCACAGUCACAUGGAAGGGACCCGAUCAGACAACACUCACUAACAACGGCCACUUCAGUAUAGUCUACAGUGAGACUGGCGAGGCCACGCUGCGUAUCGUAGGUGUGACCUCAGAGGACGAUGGCACAUACACUUGUGUUGCUACCAAUGACAUAGGCAGUGUGACAUCAUCAGCCAGUCUCAGAGUGUUGGGAACUACCAGCGAUGGAAUCCGGGUCAUGUGGAAAGACAACUUUGAGUCCUUUUACACUGAGGUAGCAGAGCUGGGCAGGGGAAGGUUCUCUGUAGUAAAACGCUGUGACCAGAGAGGGUCGAAGCGGACUGUGGCGGUCAAGUUUGUGAAUAAGAAACUCAUGAAGCGAGACCAGGUGACCCACGAGUUUAUUGUCCUACAGAGACUCCAGCACCCUCACCUAGUCAGGCUACUGGACACCUUUGAGACCUCCAGCAGCUACGCUCUGGUCCUCGAGAUGUCUGAUCAGGGCCGUCUUCUGGACUAUAUUGUGAGCUGGGGGAACCUCACUGAGGAGAAAGUGGCCUUUUACCUCCGGGACAUUUUAGAAGCUUUGCAGUACUUGCACAACUGCAGAAUAGUUCAUCUGGAUUUAAAGCCUGAAAACCUGGUGGUGGAGCAAAGCGUGUCCCAGCCGAUGGUGAAGCUGACGGACUUCGGUGACGCGGUGCAGCUGAACUCGACUCCUCACGUUCACCCUCUGCUGGGAAGCCCAGAGUUCGCGGCCCCUGAGCUGGUUCUCGGGGACCCCGUCUCUCUCUCCUCUGACCUGUGGAGUCUGGGGGUGGUGACGUACGUGAUGCUGAGCGGGGCGUCUCCGUUCCUGGACGAGAGCGUGGAGGAGACGUGCCUCAACAUCUGCCGCCUGGACUUCAGCUUCCCCGACGACUACUUCCAGGGCGUGAGCCAGGCGGCGCGGGAUUUCGUGUGUCUGCUUCUCAGGACCGAACCUUCCAAGCGUCCCCCGGCUGCCGUCUGCAUGCAAGACCCCUGGCUGAGACCCGGCGGGGGCCGCCGCUCAGCCGAGUGCAUCGACACCUCCAGACUCAUUUCCUUCAUCGAUCGGCGCAAACACCAGAACGACCUUCGGCCUCUCGGAGGCGUAAGAGCCUUCCUGCAAAGCAGACUUCAGCCCAGGAUCUGACCCAGAAUCAUGAUCUCAUCCUCUUUCCCAUGCCAAUCAAGAAGUCUUCAGUCCUGAGCCUAUCAAAAUGUGUGCUGACAACCAUAUCUGCCAAUCAGAGCCUUCGUCAGCAGACGAGACGUAAGAUUGAUAGUUCUCUCCCAGUUUGCUGCUGCCUUGUUUCCAAUUCAAUUAAGACUUGUAAGCAGAGAUUAAAACAAUGGAAUAUAAAUAUAUAUAUAUAUAUAUAUAAAAAGAUUUCUUUGAUUUGCUGAAUGAUCAACAAAUCUACACAAGAGGACUGAUAUUUUGUGUAGAACAAAUGUACCUGCACAAGAAAGCGAUGCCAAUGCAAGUUAGCAAGGGGAACAAGUGUUCCUCUUUGCGUUUUGCCUGAGCCAGAGAGCAAGCGGCUGCUUUCGUCGUGCUUUUACAGUGUUCGACUCGGAACCUUUCUUAACGAGACAAACGAACAGCGCGUUAUACAUUUUCAGGUACACCUUUCAAUAAAAACCAUAACAUCGACUCAGUCUGAAUGAACGCAACACACAAAGCGUUUUAAGUGGAAACUUGUUUUGGUCUCCUAGUGUAAUUAGUUGCUUAUUUCAACGAUGAUGAUGAUUUUUACAGGCCGCACCUCUUUUUUUUAAUUUACUACGACUAGAACAAAUCGUGUUGUGCAAUCUGCAGAUGUAUGCGCCUUAUUCUAUACCAUGUUUGUUUGUUUGUUUCUUUUUAAAUGCAAUGUCACAAGGGUGGAGAGACACGGCGUCGGAGCGCGUCGGCGAUGACUGAAUACUGUAAAUGCACUCGCGUUGUUUCCGGUUCUUACCACGUGCAAUGUUGCAGCUUGGAUGGGUUAUGCAACUGUUUAUGAAGACAUCUGUUAAACCUUUAAUAAAAACGUAGAAUAGCACGUAUUCGGUGCUGCGGUUCUGCUGUCGUUUAUUUAAUCCGGUCUUUUUCAGUAAGUAUUGAAGCCCUGUCAUCGUACGGGGUUGCUGUCUACAGUACAUGGCACUUACGCUAGUCACUUUUCUGUUGAUAUACAUAUUGGUAUGCCAAAGCUCUCCAUGCUUUAUGAGAAUUCCCCACACACAUUCGACUCCUUUAAGUUAUACGCUGUGACUGGGUGUUUACAUGAGAUUUCCAUAGCUUUACAACAUCUAUUUUCCACGUCAUUGACGUUUUACGUUUUGCUUUUCUGUGCAUUUUCUGAAAUGCACCUCCCAUUUAGACCAGGCAGUCCUUGACGUCGAUUUCAUUUCGCAUAGCAAGAUGUCAUGGACAAAAAUGUGAAGCCUUUAAAUUAUGAUAUUUAUCUCGUCAUAUAGAUAGUUUUAAUGGCUUUAAAGUUUUAAGGCCUCAGUUUUUGUCGUAAGAAGCUCUCAACAAUUGAAAUUGUCACUGGAAUGCUGUCUGUAACCAGUGGCCUGUUGUUCUCAUUUCCAGUGAUCCUCGCAUCAUUCAUCAGUCAGAUGUUAUCUUUGAGAUUUUGAAGCGUAUUGAAAUGUUUGGUUGGCGGGCAAUGACUCGUUCCCGGUUGGAAGGAACAUUGCUGAAUCAUCUGUAUAGACCCAUAUGAUGUCCCCUAAUUUAUUUGUCAUUGUAAAGUUGUACAGAUGCCUUUACAGCGUGGGAACUUGGACUGGAUACAUUUUUUUUUAAAGUGUUUCAUUGAAUGUCUAAUUUUAGUUCUGAUCUCAUUGUAUUUUUAAUGUAUGUAUUAUCAUUUUAGACUCGUUUUAUUUGGAUUAUUUUAUACUGUUUGCAUGUGUAUAUUUCUUUGUACAGAAACCAUAAGUGUUUACGCGAUAUGUGCUGUAAAUAUUUUCAGUUUUGUCAUCAUUAUUUUGGAAUUAAACAUAUGGAACAUU